AUGCUAGAACGCUAUGAUGGCUCCGCCGAUCCAGACAACCAUCUCCGCAACUUUAUUGAUGUCAUGGCGUUCUACACGGAUAAUGAUCCCGUCAUUUGCAGAGCUUUCUCAUUAUCCCUGAAAGAUGAGGCACUCGAGUGGUAUCACACUCUUCCUCAAAAUUCAGUGGAUUGCUUCGCCACCGUUGAAGCCCUUUUUCGGAAACAGUACGCUACUAACAAAAGAUCGGAGAUGACUCCUGCUGAGCUCGUAAAUACUAAGCAGGGGAAGGAUGAAACCCUAAAGGCUUUCAUGCAAAGGUACAACGAGACGGCCAGGCGCGUGAAAGACAUAAACCAUACCUUCAUUAUCAGCAAUCUCCCUUCGUGUUUAACACCGGGGUAUUUUUCGGAACAAUUAUACGCUGAUCCUCCAAAAUCUAUGGAGGAGCUCCAAUCUACGAUUGCAAAAUUCAUCCGAAUUGAGGACCUCAGAAAUUCUAGGAAGAAGCAACAACAGGACAACUCAAACCAGGAGGCUAAGAAGGCCCCAAAGCGACCGGCCAAUGACUUUAUUCUAAGUACGAUCGCUACACAUCUCUCAACGCGCCUAGGACAAAGGUGCUCGAAGAGGCUUUGCACACCGAACUCCUAA